UACUGAAACUACAGCACAGGAAGAGUGGAUGCUGUAGUGUAGAUCACGGUUAAGGGGAAGAUUUUCAACUCUUUUCGUUUUUAGGAAUUAUAUCACCUUAACCCGGGAUUUACAAAUUUACAGCGGUUGCAACGCGUGGAAAGGUUAAAAAAUAAGCGCAAUAAUGAAAUCAGCUGCGAUCUUUUUGCUACUGAUGCUUUGUAACUGCGAGAGCGCGAGAUUCGCAGAAAGUAGAGAUGACAACAGCGUUUACGACCUGUUCGAGCUCAUCCAGGUGCCGAGGAAAAAUCACGGGGUCACUCUAGUAAAAGGCGACGACCCGUACAGUCCCGCCUACAAGAUCAUGAACCCCGACCUGAUUCCCCCGGUUCCCGAGAGCGCUUUCAGGGACCUGAUCGACUCCAUUCACGCGGACAGAGGAUUUCUGUUCCUGGCCAAUUUCAAGCAGUUUAAGAAGACGAGGGGAAGCAUCCUGAGCGUGGAGAAAAAGGACGGGUCCGGAGCCGUGUUCGAGAUCAUUUCCAACGGGAAGGCGAACACCCUGGACAUAGUUUUUUCCACCGAGAAUAAACAACAGGUCGUGUCCAUCGAUGAAGCGGAUUUGGCGGUGGGACAUUGGAAGAACAUCACGCUUUUCGUGCAGGAGGACAGGGUUGAAUUUUAUGUGGGAUGCGAGGAGGUGAAUACGGCGGAGCUUGAUGCCUCUAUCCAAAACAUUCUCACCCAGGAGACCCCAGGUGUGGCGAACUUGAGGCUCGGAAAGGGCGCAGUGAAGGACAAGUUCAUGGGCGUGCUGCAAAACGUGCGCUUUGUCUUCGGGACCACACUGGAGGCUAUACUGAGGAAUAAAGGAUGCCAACGCGCAACAAUGUCUAAUUUUAUCAAACUUGAAAAUACCAUAAAUGGAUCCAGACCUGCAAUCAGAACUGAUUACACUGGACACAAAACAAAAGACCUUCAGAUGAUCUGUGGCUUUUCGUGUGAAGAUAUGGCCAGCAUGUUCAAGGAACUCAAAGGUCUUGGUGUGGUGGUGCAAGAGCUAUCCAAUGAACUCCGCAAAGUAACAGAUGAGAAUAACAUGCUUAUGAAUCACAUGGGUGUCCAUAGCGGUGUCUGUCUUCACAACGGAAUAAUGCACAAAAACAAGGACGAAUGGACUGUAGAUGACUGCACAGAGUGCACUUGCCAGAACUCUGCAACAUUGUGCCGCAAGAUUUCGUGUCCCAUUAUACCAUGUGCGAACGCCACAGUGCCUGAUGGGGAGUGCUGCCCUCGCUGUGGAACCCCAAGUGACUCUGCUGAGGACGGCUGGUCCCCCUGGUCUGAAUGGACCCAUUGUUCCGUGUCCUGUGGAAGGGGCAUUCAGCAGCGCGGGCGCUCCUGCGACCGCAUCAAUAACAACUGCGAGGGCACAUCGGUGCAGACAAGAGACUGCUACCUUCAGGAGUGCGACAAGCGAUUCAAGCAAGAUGGCAGCUGGAGUCACUGGUCACCUUGGUCCUCUUGUUCUGUUACCUGUGGUGUCGGUGUCAUCACCCGCAUUCGUCUCUGUAACUCUCCAACUCCGCAGAUGGAGGGCAAAGACUGCCAAGGUGAAGGCCGACAGACCGAGAGGUGUGAGAAAUCACCCUGUCCAAUCAAUGGUGGCUGGGGACCAUGGUCUCCUUGGGACACUUGCUCCACAACCUGUGGGGGUGGCUUUCAAAGCCGUAAGCGCAUUUGCAAUAAUCCAGUACCUAAGUAUGGUGGUAAAGAGUGUGUCGGAGAUGUAAAGGCCUCCCAGCAAUGCAACAAACAAGCCUGCCCAAUUGAUGGAUGUCUUUCGAAUCCAUGCUUUGCUGGGGCCCAAUGCACAAGCUUCCCAGAUGGAUCCUGGAAAUGUGGAAAAUGUCCCACUGGUUACACGGGCAAUGGAAUUGACUGCAAAGACAUCAAUGAGUGUGAGGAAGUCCCCGAUGCUUGCUUUGAAUUCAACGGAGUCCACAGGUGUGAGAACACAGUGCCUGGCUACAACUGCCUGCCAUGCCCCACACGCUACACCGGUCCACAGCCGUUUGGAAAAGGGGUUGAGGACGCCGCUUCUAAGAAACAGGUGUGCACGCCACGUAAUCCAUGCCUCGAUGGCAGCCAUGACUGCAACAAGAACGCUCGCUGCAACUACCUGGGCCAUUUUGCCGAUCCCAUGUACCGCUGCGAGUGCAGGCCCGGCUUUGCUGGAAACGGACACAUCUGUGGAGAGGACACGGAUCUUGACGGCUGGCCUAAUUCUGAUCUUGUGUGUGUGGAGAAUGCAACCUAUCAAUGCAAGAAGGAUAACUGUCCCAAUCUUCCAAACUCCGGCCAAGAAGACUACGACAAGGAUGGAGUCGGCGACGCAUGCGAUAAUGACGAUGAUGACGAUGGCAUUACUGAUGAUCGGGACAACUGCCCACUCGUGUUCAACCCAAGACAGUACGACUACGACCGUGAUGAUGUGGGAGACCGUUGCGAUAACUGCCCCUACAACAGCAACCCGGACCAGACCGACACAGAUAACAAUGGUGAAGGGGAUGCCUGUGCCAUUGACAUUGAUGGAGAUGGUAUUUUGAAUGAGAACGACAACUGCCCGUAUCUGUACAAUGUAGACCAGAAAGACACAGAUUUAGAUGGAGUGGGUGACCAGUGUGACAACUGCCCUCUGGAGCACAACCCAGACCAGCUUGACUCUGACUCUGAUCGUGUUGGAGACAAAUGUGACAGCAACCAGGAUAUCGAUGAGGACGGCCACCAAAACAACCUAGACAACUGUCCAUACAUUGCCAACGCAAACCAGGCCGAUCAUGACAAGGAUGGCAAAGGAGACGCCUGUGACUAUGAUGAUGAUAACGACGGCAUCCCUGAUGAAAAAGAUAACUGCAGAUUGGUUCCCAAUCCAGAUCAAGUGGAUUCUGAUGGCGAUGGACGUGGAGAUGCUUGUAAAGAUGAUUUUGAUGACGACAAAGUCCCAGAUAUCUAUGAUGUGUGCCCAGAGAACGUUGACAUUAGUGAGACAGACUUCCGCAAGUUUCAGAUGGUACCACUGGAUCCCAAGGGCACUUCACAGAUCGAUCCCAACUGGGUUGUUCGACACCAGGGCAAGGAACUUGUUCAGACAGUUAACUGUGACCCAGGCAUUGCUGUCGGUUUUGAUGAGUUCAACGCUGUGGACUUUAGCGGGACUUUCUUCAUUAACACGGACAGAGACGACGACUACGCCGGAUUUGUUUUCGGUUACCAGUCCAGCUCUCGCUUCUAUGUGGUUAUGUGGAAGCAGAUAACACAGACUUAUUGGUCCCACACACCAACCAAAGCACAGGGUUAUUCAGGGCUGUCAAUCAAAGUGGUUAACUCCACCACCGGGCCUGGUGAGCAUUUGAGGAACGCUCUCUGGCACACCGGAGAUACUCCAGGACAGGUGCGCACAUUGUGGCAUGACCCAAAGAACGUUGGAUGGAAGGACUUCACUGCUUACAGAUGGCACUUGACCCACAGACCAAGAACUGGACACAUAAGAGUGGUCAUGUAUGAAGGCAAAAAAAUCAUGGCAGAUUCCGGUAGAAUUUACGACAAGACAUAUGCAGGUGGAAGACUGGGUCUCUUUGUUUUCUCACAAGAGAUGGUUUACUUUUCAGACCUCAAAUAUGAAUGCAGAGAUAUGUAAUUGCACAGGCAGGAAGUUUAUCAAAGAAUGCACCUUUCUGUUCAAAUAUUUAAGUCCGGGGACGGAUUUGAUGUUACUUUUCCUGCUGUUGCUCACACACUGGUGGAGUGAGAAAGCAGGCGGUCAAUUUUAAUGUAAUCGUCGCUGGUUGAGAGACACCAACUAGCUACCAAUGCAGAAUCUGGACUCCUCCACCAUUAGCAGGUAGAGCAGAAAAACAAACCAGUCUUCCUUGCUUUGCUUAAAUGGGAAGACAAGUAUCUCUCUCUGAAAAACCUCAAUCAGCUCUGUAUGGGAAGAGCUCCCAUGGCAGACAGCUAUGCACUUCAAACAUUCACUCUCUCUCUUACACAAAAA